AAAAGUAUACAUGCUAACUGAGCUAGCUUAUUGACAUUAGCUUUCUUCAGAGUCUGUGCUAGCGGCUAGCUAAAUGCUCACACAGCUAACUGUGUUCUCAGUCAAGCGCGUUCGAAUUUAAAUCAUUUUGAUUAGACUAAUUGUGUGUAAAACCAGUGGAUAUAAGUAGUCAUGCAAGCUCUGAGAUCAGGACAGGUCUCUGAAAGGUGGUACAGAGACGAAGAGAACCCAGCAGCUGCAGGAGAGUCCAGUACUGAGACUAAAACACACUUUAGAGUCUGUCGCUUCAUCAUCGAUGCUGGAGUGAAGUUGGGUAUGCGGUCUGUUCCUGUGGCCACAGCAUGUUCUCUUUACCACAAGUUUUUCCAGUCAGCAAGCUUAGAAGUCUACGAGCCAUAUUUAGUAGCCAUGUCAUGCAUCUACCUUGCAGGCAAAGUGGAGGAGCAGCAUCUUAGAACAAGGGACAUUAUUAAUGUCUGUCACAGGUAUUUCCAGCCUGGUUGUGAUCCACUGGAGCUGGAUGAGAAGUUUUGGGAGCUACGAGACAGCAUAGUGCAGUGUGAACUUCUUAUUCUCAGACAACUGAACUUCCAUGUGUCAUUUGAGCAUCCACAUACGUACCUGCUGCACUACCUGCUGUCUGUGCGGAGUUUGCUGAACAGACAUGCCUGGUCUCGGACCCCUAUUGCUGAAACAGCCUGGGCUCUGCUCAAAGACAGUUACCACGGACCAGUGUGUGUGCACCAUCAGCCUCAGCACCUUGCCCUUACCGUGCUGUAUCUUGCACUGCACACUUACGGAGUUCAGGUUCCCUCAGGAGAAAAGGAGUGGUGGCAGGUUUUGUGUGAGGACCUAACAAAAAGUCAGAUCGAGGCCAUAAUGACUGACCUGCUUCAGCUCUAUGACAUGGAGGCCAAGUGCAUCUGAAAAGCAACAGUCAAUGAAACCGUCUCUGCAAUGGAAAUAAGCACUGCGGUGUAGACUGGACUUCUUUUUAUCCAGCCAUGCCUAGAAGACAUAGAGUUGCUGUCGUACCAAAUUCCAGAAAUGCUCCUGAUUCAUCUUAUGAGAUGAAAUGCCUCCCAGCUGAAAAAGUUGAUUCCAGCACCUGCACUGAUUUGAGGUGGAGCAAUGAUUGUUUGAGUCAAGAUAAGACAGACUGUACCCACACUGCAACAAUCAGCUCCCAAGCUCAUGCCCUACCUUUUCAUUUCUUGUUUCAUUUUCCCUAGGAAAGGGAAACCAGGAGAAAAGGAAAAAGUGACAGAAAUAAGCAUGCCAGUCCCUAGAGUUAGCCUGCUGCUGAGGGUAAAACAGGCAAAUCUGGGACGCUACUUUGAUAUUGUACAAUUUAAUUACUUCUGCUUUCCCAUUAGAACAUACCUACACAUUCUUUUUGAGUACAAUGAAAGCUAGGCGGCAUAACAUCAUAUUGAAAAUGAGCUCAUUAAGCCAGGUUCUGUUCUUUUAAAUGUCUGGAUGUAUCAAAAUUAGUGAGUCUGGGGAAAAACCAUUGCAGUUUUGUAGUUCUCAGUAUUUUUUAAUCCUCAGUGGUAAUAAAGUGCACAGCUUAUCCAAAGGUUCAACAGCACUGAGUGUUUAAAAGCAAGAUAAAGAAAAUCUAAAACAGAAAAGAGUUGAGUAGUGGUAUCUGCUGGGGCUGGGGCCUGGAACACUACAUUUAAUUAGGAACUUGGGCAUACCUACACACUGAAAUUUUUGGCUAAAUGAAGGGGGACAUACAGCCUGGUUAUUGAGUUUAGGGGUUUCAGCCAAACCCAUUGCUUAAAGGUAUAUACAGUAAAUUAAACAUUUGAAAACUUUCCAACUUUAUGGCAACACUUUGGAGAGCUCUUUCAUGUUUCAGGUUCUAAAAGACGUGGUUUGACAAGGACAUUUUUGACAGUGACCUGCAUAAAGCCCUGACUAUAAUCUUUGUGAACAUUUUUAAUUGUUGGGAUUAACUGUAACAUUGAUACAGACCUUUUAAAACAUUGAAACGUUGCCUGACCUCACAAAUGAUCUUUUGACCAAAUGGGCACAGAAUUUCCACAUUCCUACAGUCAUCCUAAAAUCUUGAGAAAGACAGCAAAUUCAGGGGGGUGGGGGUGGGGUGGGGAGGGGGAGGUUAACAUUACUUUAAUGCUCUCGGUUUUGUAAUGGU